AUGGAGAUCCAGGGUUUGGCAUUCUUGCCUAUCUUCUUGUCCAUAUGGAUGCUAUUAGGUCUCUGUUCCACGACCACCAUUACUGUCAUCUUAGGCCAUUCAAAAUAUCCAUACAUCAGUAACACGGGAGAAGAGUUCCCCGAAUCGGUGGUCUUCACAGUCGUCUUCAUGGUUAUAUCCAUUGUAGGAGCUGGCAUGGCUUCCAUCAAAUACAGGUUCAUGAUAAUUCAUUCUGAGCCAUCAGAGAAGCGACAUAUCAUCGGCCAGAGAAUCCUCUAUGCCAUGGGAUGGCUGGCAUGUAUUGGGACAGCCUUGACCGGCGCAUUUUCGAUGAAGACCAAUCCCCUCGUCCACAGGAUCAGCGCAGGAGUGGCAUUUUUCAGUUUUGCCAUAUACAACCUGUGUCAAUCUAUAUGCCUGUACAAGAGAUCCCUCAGCAGUCGUUGCAUGUGCUACAUUAGACUGGCAUCAACCUUGGUGACCAUUGUGGCACUGCUCAUCUUUGCUGUAGGUUUGGGCAGCUUCUUCCUUCUAUGUACCACUGAUAGCUGUAAAGAGAUCUUCUCUAUAACAGGCCUAGUGGGUGAGUGGACGGGAUUCUUCGGCUUGACAGUUUACCCUGUCAUGAAUUAUACAGAUUUCCAGUGUUUGUCAUUAGAGUUGUCCCGAGAAGGCAUCUCCAUCGUUCUGAGGAAAAAGACCCAGGACCCUGAAAACCCCUAAUAAAAUCUAAGGUUAAGAACCAGGGGCGGCGUGCCAGGAAGACAACUAAAACCAUCUAGACAUUGCUGGAUUUAAUACCGAACAUGGCAUUUACCGGACUUUCCGCAGUUCUGCUGCAUCAAGAGACAGAUUCCAGGCUUGGUCUCUGUUCUCACCACUGGACAUGGCAUUUACCGGACUUUCAGCAGUCAGAUAUAUAUUUUAUCUGCUGCAUCAAGAGACAGAUUCCAGGCUUGGUCUCUGUUCUCACCACUGGACAUGGCAAUUACCGGACUUUCCGCAGUUAGAUAUAUAUUAUAUCUGCUGCAUCAAGAGACAGAUUCCAGGCUUGGUCUCUAUUCUCGCUACUGGAUAUGACACUUACCGGACUUUCUGCAGUCAGAUGUAUAUUUAAUCUACUGCAUCAAGAGACAGAUUCCGGGCUCGGUCUCUGUUCUCAAUUCUGGACUUGGAAUUUACCUGAUUGUCCAGAGCUACUUCACAUAAAAUGUUGACUUUUUACCCCUUUGCCCAGGGGAGGGGCAGUCCUUCAGCCAUGGCUCCCUAGAGGUUUCCUCCACUGGGGGUUUUUCCUCUCCUGAGUGUUGAAGGACGACUCUUUGUGAGUUAGGGGUUUUCCAUCAACAGGGCCAUUUCAAAA